AUGGCAGCUUUGAAUCUGACAAAGGACUCGGUGCUGACAAUGCCGCUCUACCAGCUCUCUUUAACGCAUUUCUGCGAAGUGCAUGGUCCCACCUCGAUCAUUUGUUCGCAGGUCCUACCCUUUUCAUGCUCUCAGUGCUAUCCUGAGACCUCAGAAUUCUCUCCCGACGAUACCCCCGCAACUUCUCACGAUACACAGUCCUCUCAUGGCAUGCGCAACCGCCUCGGCGAUGCCAGGGAUAACAAGUCAACGAAACGUCCAGACGCAUCCAGCGCAACGGCCGGCAAAUCUCCCAAGAUCGAAGAUUCGCCUUUUUUCCUGAAGAAUCAACAAAACUCGACCGAGCCUUCCAAGUUGAACAUUCUGGGGGAGCCGACGCUACCCCCGGGCGCUCCAGGGACCGCCAGCCGUGACGGCAAGGGAAGGAAUGGUAGCCCAGUUUUGCGAUCUAGAGAAGUCGUCUACUCUUGCGGGACGAGCCAUUCCGACGGUGACGACAGUACGCAUGAUCUGCACGGCCAUGCCUCCCUUCCCGAUUCCAUCCAUUCGUCUUCCGUCGCCUCCGAUGCUUCGUGUCAUACUCACAUCCUCACAUAUCUAUCACUCCGUGGGCCUCCGAACCCAUCUGAUUAUGCACUACUCCGCCGCUCCUCCAUCCGUACUCUCAGCUGCGAGCUUCUCCCUCGCGGCCUGUCCUCGGGACCUCUGUGUUUCGGUGAUGCGACCGCGGGCUAUACCAUCGCAUACGUCUUCCGCCUGCCCGAUCCCAUGGCUCGGGGCAAAAGGCGUAGCUAUGCGCUUGUCGCGUUGGCCGGCAAGGAUGCAGGCAGGGCCUUCCGCGCGUGCCCGGUAAUCUGGCGUGCGUUUGGGAGAAUCGCAACUGGCAUCGUCAAUUCGGCCGAGAAAUACCAGGAGGAGGAGGCAAAGCGCCUCGAGGAACAAAGUGAAGCAGCGAACCGGGCCAACAAUCGGCACUACACCCCCGUCUCUUCUUUCCUCACCGGCCGCAGAGUCGACCCGGAUGGUCAGCCCCGCCGACUUGGGCAGAUUCGGGCGCGGAACCUCUCCGAAAUUGUGGGUAAUCAGUACAUAUUCGCCGAAAUACAUGCGCACUUUGUUGCUCUUUUGCAACAGCUCGGCUCAAUGUUUGGCGCUGUACCAAUCUCGGAAGAACGAUUCAUUUGCAGCACACUAGGCGACGACGUCGAUGUAAAAUCGCGACGCGGUACAAUAAUCGAUGACGGGAAGGACUCGACAUCCAAAGGCCAGUCAGAGAGUGACUUUGGACUAUCCGGUCUGGAUUUGUCUUCAGGCCCUAAGCCCAUCCCUAUCGCGCCUCGUCGAACUGUCAUUGCCUAA